GUGAUCCACCCUAAACAGGUUUAACAGUCUCUGACCUAAAUCAAAGAAUUGCACAGCGAUAGACUAUGGCUAUAACACACAUUUACCUGCUUUGCUUAACAUGAUGAUCGCUAUGGAGGGGGAUUCUCAAUGAAAAAACGGAAAGGGCGUGGUCCCUUUAUGGGAAAGAUGUACAGUGAAGGUCCCCAUAAAUAUAGAAACAAAGGUGGUUAUGGACCUAACCCUCGUUCCCGUCUUGAGGAUGAUGAUGGGGAUGUGGCUAUGGGUGACGCACAUGAAUCAUCCCGUCACAGAUUCGUGCCGUAUGGCCGGGGUGGUAAAAGGAGAGAUGAGAAGCCUGGGAGGGACAAGAAAAACUUUGGUGGUUCUCACAGAGAGCCUCAACAACAGGGCAGAGCAGAGUAUAGUGAGGACAGGAAAUCAUGGUUCAAGGUCACGAUACCACAUGGCAAGAAGUAUGAGAAGUCCUGGUUACUUGGCAUCUUGCAAGGUGCUAGCAGCGUGCCCUUUAAUCCAGUUCAUUAUCACACUGACCAUAACCGGGCUCACUUCUUUGUUGAAGACUCUGCUGCUGCAAAAGCCUUAAAGCAGCUAUCUAGGACAUUCACAGACAGAGAAAACUUCAAGAUCACUAUUUUAACACGGCCAUGCCCGCCUCCUCAGAACUUUACAAAGGAAAUAAAAGAUGAAGAGUUAGAACAUUUUAAGAACUGUAUGCAGAAGAGAUAUGAUGGUGCACAUCAAGCCCUGGAUAUGAAGGCUGUGCGAAGUGACCCUGAUUUAGUCGCCAAUAAAGUAGAUUUAAUCCUGAACAGAAAAUGCUACAUGACGACAAUGUUGCAGAUAAUUGAGGAUAAUGUACCAGAGCUACUUUCCUUGGAUAUCAGCAACAACAAACUCUACAAACUAGAUGAUUUAGAAGAGAUUACACUUAAAGCCCCCAAUCUGAAGAUCCUAAACCUGUCACAAAACUUGUUAAAAAGCGACCGUGAACUGGAUAAAGUGAAAGGUCUGAAGCUGGAGGAGCUAUGGUUAGAUGGAAAUCCACUUUGUGAUACCUUUAGAGACCAGACCAAUUACAUCAGUGCCGUGCGAGAACGCUUUCCCAAACUCCUACGACUGGAUGGCCAUGAACUUCCUCCUCCAAUCACAUUUGAUGUUGAAACACCAACCACUCUUCCCCCGUGUAAGGGUAGUUAUCUGGCAUCUGAUGACAUUAAAGCAUUGGUCUUACGGUUUCUACAACAGUAUUAUGCCUGUUAUGAUUCUGAAGACAGGCAGGGUCUUCUGAAUGUGUAUCAUGAUGAGGCAUGUUGCUCUCUGAGCAUUCCUUCAAAUCCAGGCCAGAACCCUUCUAGGAGUAGUCUUGGAGAAUAUUUCAAGGACAGCAGAAAUAUAAGAAGACUCAGAGAUCCAACCCUACGCUUCAAACUUCUCAAACACAAGCGGCUAAAUGUGGUUGGUUUCCUGAAUGAACUUCCAAGAACCCAGCAUGACCUCAAUUCCUUUGUAGUGGAUAUCACCGCUCAUUCAAACACUUUGCUUUGCUUUGUUGUAAAUGGAAUAUUUAAAGAAGUUGAAGGACAAUCAAGCAACCCUGUGCGCGCUUUCAGUCGGGUGUUUAUUGCUGUUCCAGGCAGUGAUGGAGGGCUACUUCUGGUAAACGAUGAACAGUUCAUAAGGAAUGCUACCACCGAGGAGAUUCGCAAAGCCUUUGCCACACCUGCUCCCACACCUUCCAGUAGCCCAGUGCCAGUCCUGGCACCUGUGCCCCAUGAUAUGGUGCAAGCGUUCAUUCAAGUAUCUGGCAUGAAUGCAGAAUGGUCUCAGAAGUGUCUUGAGGACAAUGGUUGGGACUUCGACCAGGCAGGCCAAAUUUUUAUGAAGUUAAAUGCAGAGGGAAAAAUCCCAGAUGUUGCCUUUAUGAAGUGACUUUUCCAUUCAGCCAUACAACAUCCUUAUUUUAAAAAGCUCUUCCUGCUUCAACGUCCUCCAUAACACACAAGUUGGUGGUACAAGAAACAGAUCCAGAACUCGCCGUUAUUUUUGGACCCACUUCCAACUAUUUAAUCCAUACACGGGCUAUCCCACAUAUACACUGAGAACCCAAUACCUCAUCGGAGACAUCACACCCUGCUAUAGAGAGCUUUGACUUCCCAUCCCCUCCACCAAAGGAGUGCCACCUCUCUACAUUGUUAUUUAUUUAUAACCUCUCUAUUAACUGCUUGGCUGGGGCCUUAACUGUGACUCUCGGGGGCAGAUGGUGCAUUCCAGAGCUGGAGAACCAUGAUACAUGUUGUUCCCUUGCACAUUUUUUAUUUUGUUAACCAUGUCAUUUCAAGUUAUGAUUAUAAGACAAUCUUACUUCCAAGAAAGCCUGAUCCAAGCCUGGGGGAAACAGCGUGAAGUGAGCACUUGUAUUUACAAGGGGAGUGCAUUUGGCCUGUAAGAUAGUACAUCCAGUGUCUGUAACAACAACAAUGAAUUAUAUGAGAUGAUUUAACAUAUUCUUCUCAUUGUGUCCCAUGUCAGUGCAGAUUUGGCAAAGUUUAGCUCUCUUUGGGGCCACUGCUUUCCAGGAGUCUGGUUACUUGUGUCGCCUUCAUACUGCUGGUGUCUGGAGGUAUUUAGGCACCAGUGUACUAAGUGCACACAAAUCUUCAGGCCUAUUUGCAGCCUGCAGGGGUGGCGCUGGUAUAAAAAUCUCAGUUCUCAGCAGGAGGAAUUCUGUUUUUUUGGCGGCAGUGAAGCCAUAAGCAGCGCUCCCUGCACCAUAUCUUCUCAUUGCACAGAACAGGUUUCUUUUAACUAUAUUUUAUAAAACUUUAUUUUUGGGUUCGUAUUAUAAGUUAGUGCUUCAGAAUGCAAUUUGGGGUCUAGUGGGGAUUCAUACUCUAACUGGCACCCUUUUAUUUCUAGAUGUAGGUAAAUCUGGGGGUGCGGUACCGAUGAAUUGAAUGAUUAUAGGAUUUGAGAGCGCUACUUAUGGGCUUGCUGUUCUUACCUGCAACCUUGAAGGUUGAGGGUGUUCCCCUUUUUUUUUGUGUGUGUGUGUACGUCUUGUUUUAUACCCUGCGCUAGUUUUAAUAGGUCUGCAUAAAAACAAAUAUUUUAUUUUAUUUUUUAUUAAAGAAAUGUUUUCUGUUUCGAAGAAUUGCAAGUGAUUUUGCAUGGGUGACAGUAUUACUGUGAUGUUGAAAUUUUUUGGGUUUUUUUUUGGCUUUUUCUUUCUAGCCAAACAUGUACAGAGAGAGCUCUUGCAGAACCACUAUGGGUUUAAUAGGAAUGAUUAGGCCAUGUAAUCUCACAGUUGCUGCUAUGGGGCUAUGCUUUUUCCUCUUUCCUAGUGCCUUGUUGUAUACCCUUGUAUAGAUUUCAAGGUCCAUCUUACAGAUUCAGCUGUAUUAAUUUUCUUUGGAAGCUCAACAUUGCUACUGGUAACCAAUACAUUAAAAAGUCCUUUUCCAAACCCAUUUUUCAAAAAAAAAAAAAAAAAAAAAAAAAGGCAGGGGGGAAGGAUGGGUGAGUGUGUGUGUGUGUAAUAAGGACCUUGCUAUUUCAAUGGGUCUAGUAUGUGAAAAGGGUAAACAUUUCCCCUACAAUUGAGGUAGACUUAUGUGUAAUUUAGGUUAUUGGUUGAGUGGAGGGAGUCGUAGCUGGAUGGAGGGCAGAGAAUUGGACGUUGGAGGGUUGGGAUGGCUACUGGUACUGGGAAGAGUGUGUGAGUCAUAGUGGGUGGAGGAUAGUGAAUUGGGUUGUGGGGGACUUGGUUGGUUGCUUGUGUUGGGGGGCAGUUCUUGUGGGCCAUGGUGGGUCUAGGAAUUGGGUGGUUGUUAAUAUUGAGGAGGAUUUAUGUGGACCAUAGUUAGGGAGGGAUGGGAACUUGGUGGUUGCUGAAGUUGAGUAAGGUUUAUGUGGGCCAUGCUGAGGGAGGAAUGGUGGGACAUUGGGUGGUUGCUGGAGUUGGGUAGGGUAUAUGUGGGCCUACUGAGGGAAGGACAGAGAAUUGGCGGUUAUUGAUAUUGGGGAUGGUUUAAGUGGGCCAUAGUGAGGGAGGGAUAAGGAAUUGGGUGGUUGCUUAUGUGGGCCUUAGUGAGGGACAGGGCAUUUGGUGGUUGCUGAUAGUGGGUAGGGUUUAUAUGGGCCAUAGUGAGGGAGGGACAAGGAAAUGGGUGGUUGUCGAUAGUGGGGAGGGUUUAUGUGGGCCAUAGUGAGAGAAGGACAGGGAAAUGGGUGGUUGUUGAUAUUGGGGAGGGUUUAUGUGGCCCAUUGUGGGGGAGGGACAAGGGAAAUGGGUGGUUGCUGAUAUUGGGGAGGGUUUAUGUGGCCCAUUGUGGGGGAGGGACAAGGGAAAUGGGUGGUUGCUGAUAUUGGGUAGGGUUUAAGUGGCCCAUUGUAUGGGAGGGACAGGGAAAUGGGUGGUUGCUGAUAUUGGGGAGGGUUUAUUUGGCCCAUUGUGGGGGAGGGACAGGGAAAUGGGUGGUUGCUUAUAUUGGGGAGGGUUUAUGUGGCCCAUUGUGGGGGAGGGACAGGGAAAUGGGUGCUUGCUGAUAUUGGGGAGGAUUUAUUUGGCCCAUUGUGGGGGAGGGACAGGGAAGUAGGUGGUUGCUGAUAUUGGGGAGGGUUUGCGGGCCAUUGUGGGGGAGGGACAGGGAAAUGGGUGGUUGCUAAAGUAUGGGAGGGUUUAUGUAGGCUAUAGUUUGGGUGAGUGUACAAAUCAGUGGUGGAAUAAUUUCCAUGUUGAAAUGAAAUAGUAGGUGUUACAAUUUAGGAUGUAUGUAAUAAGAACAUUACCCUAUAUUUUAUUCCAGUAUGGAACCUAAAUCUGUUGGGGGGUGGGUGGGGGAAUAUUUAUGGGUGCCUUCCCAGCUAACUGCCAACUUGACUUUCUUUUAUCAGUUGGGUCUGACAUUUAUAUUUAAACCCAAAGACUCGUGGCUCACAUGCUAAAACAAUGAAGGAAAGUAGUUAUUUUAAUGAGAAUUUGUAGGGGGUGGGGUAGUGCCUGGGUGCUUUGGAAUGAAAGUGUGGGUGGGCGUGGGAAUGGCAUGAGUCCCUCUAACGGGAUUGUGGAUCCUAUAGAGGAUGGUGUGCAAUGUGUAAUUUUGUGGGAAUUCAUUUUAGUUAAAGGCAGGCAUUGUUCAUUCCAGAGCUGCAAUUCCGCAUCUCUACAUUUUGUACAAGGCAGAGAUGGAAUUAAAUAUCUUGCAGAUUUUAUAGAAUAAGAAGUGAAAAUGGGUGUGCAGCUUGAUCCAGGCUUAAGGGCUUUAAAGUGAUAUGACAGGGUUUUCCAACCUUGGCGCUAAUAGCCCUGUUAAUGUCACAUCAUGCUUGGCUUUAUCCCCAAGUGCAGUCAGAUUGGUUCCAGUAGGUGUAGCAUAGCUGUAUGUCUAUAUCACUUUUCCCCUCGGGCUCUUCUUAGCAAUUCUAAUACUUCUGAAAACUCUGAACUACAAUGUAAAUAGGAAUUUUUAGGAUUAAUUUGUGUGCUAUCUAACAAAAUCAAAGUUUUGAAUUGUGUGUAAUAUAACAUAACCUUUCUGUUCUGCAUUGUAUCCUGUUUUCCAUUUUAUCUCCUGUAUAUUGUGUUCUACCCUUGUAUAUUAGAUCCACUUUCAUCCUUUGUGAGGCAACAGAGAAUUUUGUCUGUAACUUCUUGCUCACUGUAAAAUUGUUUAAUAAAUGUUUUUGGUACAA